UCCCUAUAAAAACGUAACACUAUGUCUUCUGAAACCAGUACACCUUAUACUCCAGCUUCCACCUCUAUCUCUGUUGCUGGAAAUGAGACGGUCUCGUUGGCAGAUGAAAUUAAAAAAUAUGAUACGGCCAAACUUAUAGAAUAUUUGCAGGGGCAGAAAAACUUGGAGCUUAGUGAAACGGCUAUCAAAAUUUUAGAGAAGGAAGAGCUUAAUGGCGGGGACUUGUUUGACUUGACCGAAGAAUGGCUUCGCAGUGUUGGCUUAGGCUUGGGACCUGCUAUGAGACUCGUGAAGUUCGUUAAGGAGUGUAAAGAUAAAAAGUUGAGGUCGUUCUCCUCGUACAAGACUAAGAAAGAGUUGGCCACCCACAACAUCAACGAAAGCGCCUCCGAAUUUAAGCUAUGCAUUGAUGAUAUCCUUCGUAGAAUAAAAAAUAUGGGACCAGUUGUAGAUAGUAACAAAGCUAUGCGAUGCGAAUAUAUUUCAACGAUCUUACAUACGGCUAUAAGUAUUCUCGGCGACUUGGUAAUCACACCUCAGGCAAAUAUAAUUGGUGAAGAAAACACAGGCCGUGUCGACUAUGCCAUCAAAAAAAUUAUCAGCGAGAUGCUGGAGGAAAUAAUUUGCAUAACCGAAGGCAAACAGAAUCAAGAAACUAUAAGUAUCUGCCAAAACUUACUACAAUGCCGAAGUGCUUGCGAUAUGAAUAUAAAUAUGAACAAGAAAAAAAGAAAGGUGGAUGAUGCAUUCGAUCCCGACUACGACUACGUCUAUAGUAUAGUCAGUACUGGAACUGACUGGUACUUCAUUCUUCACAGCACUGAAGGUAUCUAUAAAGACGCUCUCAAAGAUGAUACAGAAUUGCGUAAGAAUGUGAAGAGGGUUUUAGAAGUGAUCGUAGGAUUAUUAAAGAAUAGAGCAGUAGGUAGUGAGGAACCCGCAACUAAGAAGCGCUGUGUAGAAGAGAUAAUUAAGAAAAAAUAAU